UCAAGAUGGCCGACUCGAGGAGUGAAUUUCUUCGUUUACGAGAUGUUGAUUCUUCGUUUCAAAACCGUUCAAACUCUAUAUUUGAGAGACUCGGAAGUCUUGAGCAGUCGAAUGAGAAUUACACUGUUAGAACAGAGCUGGAAAUAGCAGGAAAGCAACAAAGAAACCAGACGGGGACCAGAAGUCGAAACUCGCCGCGGAGCGGUUCGAGACGUUUACCAGCUGGUGUACCACAACAUGUUUUGUCGCCAGAGAAAUGGACCAAAUAUAGUUUGGAAAAUGACGGAUCGGAAAAUUUUCGAGGCAUGAAUGAGCAUAGUUUAAAUAAACAUGCCGCCCAUAGUUUUUUAGCCGACUUAAAAAAGCGAAAAUCAGUUGGAAAAAGCCGUAGUACAAUUAUUGGUGAUAGCGCUGAUACGGAAUAUGGAAAUAUUGAAGGGGUAGUCGAGAGACAGUCAAAACGUAAAGUCAAUGAGUCGAAAACAGACAAUGUUAAGUCGGAUGAAGUGGCCAUAAAUGAACAAACAUUAGUUAAAGAAAACUUAGAAAAAGUAGAUAUUUUGAACGAUGAUGAUGAUUCCAAAUUGCUAUUUAGAAAACCGAGUCCUAAAAUAGACAUGACAUCACCAUCAUCGACACACACCUGGAGGAAUGGGGCAUUUGUUAUGCCUGAGUAUGUUGUAGGGUCAUCCAGAGCAAAGGAAAGCCCAAGGGUACGGAAAAGUUCUGGCCUAAAGCAAGUUGCAAGUGACCGUUUGGUGAAUCUUGGACAUUUGGAAGAUCAAGAUGGUGUCACACCAGAAAUUAAGGAAGAAAAAACAGGAAAACAAAAAGGAAGAAGGAAUUUCAGGAAAAGGAAAAUGGGAGAGGGAAAAGAUGAAUGUGAAGAGAACACAAAUUAAUUUCAGUCCUCUAAGACCACUUAACAUGUACUAUAGUUUUAGCUUGAGUAAAUGAUAUUUUUAUCCACCACUUGUACCUUUUAUUGCAUAUUCUACAAUAUGUAUAUAAUAAUUAGUUUGAAGGGAACACCACAUGGGUAUUUAAAUAAUUAAAGCUUCUGGCCAUUAACUUGAGCCUUUAUGUAUGUGGUGUUACCUCAAAUAAAUAACCAGAAACCAAGCAUCCUGUAGUAUGGAAUGUUUCCAUGUAUUCAUUCUCCCUGAAA